UCAUAAAGGAAGUGUGCAUUUGCGUAUACAUAUACAAACACACACGUCCGUUGCGAAAAUUUCGGCGAAAGUUUCGGCGUGCGUAUAUUAAAUGCACUCGCGUCUGAUAAUUACGAAAACCCGAGGAAAAGGAGUCGCGGUUGCACACGGCGCGCGAGAGUGUUGCAGUGCACUUUUUGGUCUACACGAGCGUUGAAACAAAGUGCAUAAUACAACAGUGUUUGUGAAUUGUAUACUCGUGUUUGUGUGUAUCCGUGAAUGGAGCGAGUGGCCAAAUUAGGAUUUGGAAAUUUGUCAGUGUGUCGAAAUUCACAAUGGUGGAUUCAAGACAAUAUAAAUAGAGAUAUUACAGCUGCAAAUGAUUACAUUGUGCAUCGAUUACAUGCCCUAAAUCAUAAUUCUCUCUGGUAGAAAAUUGUCGGGCAGUCGUGCAACGAGUCCGUAAUUUUCAAAAUGAAAAGCGUAAAAAAGUGAGCUUCUGUCGAACACGCAUUGGCCCAAUGCGCACACGAGAUAUAAUCCGUUCGAGUAUGCGUGUGCGUGCCUGUGCGUGUGUAUGUGCCAAAAUAGGAACGAGAGAUGAACGAUUGCAAAAGAAAACCGGAUGCUGUGCGCGAUAAAGCGAUUUCACGAAACAAUAGUGGCAAAUAUGAACGUUCAACGGAAAAGUAAAAAUUAGCGCGGAAAUGCGAUGAUAAACAGAAUAAUAUCGAAAAGUAUCGUCGAAAAAAUGUCCUGCCGCAAGAAAAUCGACGCCAAAAUAUGGAACGAGUGGUCCGAGUAUACUCAACUGAUGGAGUCGGAGGUGCGCUCGCUGCGUCAGGAUUACAAUCGAUCGCAGGAGUCGCUGCGCGCGGCCACUCGUCGCUGUCACGAUCUCGCCAAGGAGCUGAACUCGCGGAUCAGCCAGCACGAAAAGGAGCGAGUACUGCGCGACGAUCAGCUGUCGAGGAUACUGCGCGCCUUGCUGGUGCUCGAGUCGCGGCUCAAGCAGGAGCAAAAGUCCAUCAGGCAGCUGCUCUGCGAGAAGGAUGGCCUCAUCAGGACUCAGCAGCUGGAGAUCGCCAGGUUGAGGCGGCUCACCAAGUGCUACAUCAAGGAAGCCAGAGAUCAGACCUGCGGCUGCGUGAACAUCGACGAGAUCAAGGAUAUGGACAUCGAUUCGUCCGAUUUCCAGCUGCACGAACUCAGCUCAAGCAGCCUAAGCAAGGACAUCAAUCAUCUGAAGUGCGAAAUAAUUACCCAACUCUCGGAGAGCCUCGACGAGCAGCAGCAACAGCAGCAGGAACAACAGCAGCAGUCGUCGUCGGCGAACAUUCGCAAAACCCACAGCUUCGCCGGCAGCGACAUAUCCAAAGCCUCGUCGCUGACUUCCAGCGAGAACACGGACACGUCCAUUAUCACGACGACGACGGACGGCAGCCCGUCGCUGCUCAGCACCGAGGGCUUCUGCGAGGGCGAGUCGACCGACGACGUCUCGCCCCACUCGACCCUCAACAAGUCCAGCAGCAGUAGCAGCGUCAGCAGCCGCUGCACCCCGACCAUCGUGACGACCGACAGCGACAACGAGGUCACCAUGGUCAUCCUAGGUAGUAACGGUAGUAGUAGUAGUAGUAGCGACAAGCCAAAGUGCAUCGUCAGGUCGGAGAGCAAGGACGACGGCAUGGACUGCAAUUACGCGUCCGACGAGGACGAGGGCGACGACGAGGACGAGCCUCUUUACGAGAACUGCGACAAGGCCAAGAGCGUCGUCGUUACGAGGACUCAGCACCGCGUCAACACAGACGAUUCUAGCAAUAAUAACGUACAAUUGCAACCGACGCGGAUCGAAGCGUCGAGUCCGCACAGCAACGACUGUGAAUCGUCGGGCAACUGGUACAGCGAUCCCGACGAGGACAAAAUCAACGACGAGCUGAUACGUCACAGCGUCUAUCGGCCCAAUAGCAAACACAACUCGGUCCUCGAGUGCGUCAAUCAGAUCCUGCUGCGCGACAUGGAGGAUGACGAGAACGUCCUGUCGGUGCCGAGGCGCUUCAAGCAUCGCGGUAAAAUCGUCAGAUUCCAGCCGGCCCGAUUGUCCGACAUCGAGUCUGUCGGUUCGGAAAUGGAACGACGGAAUUCCGAGGACACGCCGUCGAGUUUGCCCACGGCUCCGCCGCCGCCCCCUCCGAUGACCAUUACGACGACGACCCAAGACGUCAGCAGCGACAAAAAUAUCAAAGACGAGGAUAACGAUAACGAGACAGAUCCGUCGAAUGGUAGUUUUGAAGCGACUAAUUCGGAAGACGAGUACGGCAUGAGGAUAAUACCCAUGCACGCGCUCAAUCCUGAAUCGGGAAUCGAGGAGGACGUGGAUGACACCAAGGCAAGACCAAUCGUCAUAAUCGAACCAGUUUCCGACAAAAAGUCCAUUAUUUCGAGAUCAAGCAAAAACAACAGUGUUCCGGUGACUGUCGCGGACGACAACUUAUCGAUAAAAAGUCUGGCGCUGUCGAGUAAUCACGACUACGAGGAAAUCGAAUCACUACCGGAUAUAAUCGCACCGAUGCAGAUCAGCGUGAAAUCGGCCAAAGCGCCGAGCUUACCACCGAAGCCGCAAUUUCACAGUAACACGCUGAUAUUGAAAAAAAUUCCCAGCCCGUCGUUUCUCAUCGAUGAGACGUCGGCCAAGAAGCAGCAGGCGAGCGAACGUCUCAAUUCCGUCGUGCUGCAUCCGGUUCGCAGUCUCAAAUUCGAUAACGACAGUCUGUUGACGAGUACGAGUAAAAAAUUGGCAGAGUCCAGCGAGAGCGCGAAACCGCCGACGCAACAGCAGCGAUUGAACCGACCCAAAUCAAUCGAACAAAUACCCGCAAAAGUCACGAGCAUUGUCAAACACUUCGAAGAGUUCAAAAUCGACAACAACGAUGACUGCAAAAAGCCAGUGACGUCGCAAAUCGUUCUGGACAACUACGACAUACAGCAGAAUUUCGAGGAGUUCAAGCUGGACGAUUGCGACCUGUCGGAAGAACCCGAACUACGCGACGACAGCAGCAGUUCAGAUACCUACACGACUUUGUCUCCGACGAACAAUCUAGUCUCGAGCCUCUCAUCCGAUUCACAUGAGAACAACAAUGCUCCGUUGGCGAGCUCGAACGGUAAUUAUGACAGCUUCCUCGAGGCCACGGGCCUAAGCAACAAGUCCAUUCUCACGCCUUCCCGCAUGCUGAGCAAUCACAAGAGCAUGCUCAAGCCCAAAGAUGUCAAAUACAAGAGCAAGAUCAAAGCGACGGCGGUGAUGGAACGGCACGCACCCGCAACCCUGACGCGACACUGGACCGGGCCAUUCGUCUGACGACUGGCCCAAAGCGUCUGCAGCAGGCAUCAAGGCAACUCGCUCAGCGCCCCAACUACACCGGUUCAUAGAGAGACGGCUCGCCGCGGUGAUAGCGACGCCGACAACAGCAGCAGCUGAUGCAGCUUGACAAGCAGCAGGCCUGGAUGAGCCGCGUCAAAGCUCAAGGCCAUGCUCGGCUGCGUUGGCUUCACGAAAGAACGUAUGGAAAAUUAAAGACUGGCGAGUUGCAGCAGUUCCUUCCAAUGAGCGUGAUUGUAUUUUAAUAAGUUUCCAAUUGUGUAAUAAGAAUCGUCAUUUUCUUAUUUUAAUUAUUCCAGUCGUUGUGAUGCAAGUACUUAGCAAAUUGUUUUACGAAUCGCGCGUUUAUUACUUCUUACUAGGUGUGUGUGUGUAAUGUGUAUAUCUCGCACUAAUAGAAUACUUAUUAUUUAAUCGUGUUAGUUUCAAAACUCGCUGUUAUACAGUCCAGCAGCCUUACACGUUUACUAAGCGUUUUAAUAGUACCGUGCAAUUCUUUAACAAUUCUAAUGUCAUUGUUUCUCAAAUGUAUAUUUUAAAACUCGAAUGUUCGCUUUUGAUAUUAAUAGCAUAUUUGACAAUUUCGUGUAGAUUUAAUUAUUGUUAUUUUUGAAAAAUGUUCUUCUGAUGUAUCGAUAUAUAUAUAUUCAUGUAAUGAAAAAAAAUUAGUCAGUAAAACUGUGUUUACAUAGUGCAGUUUCAUAUGCAUUAGAAGAAUCGUAACGUUAAUUGCACUGAUAAAUAUAAAACAUAUUUACGCAUGUACAUAUAAAUGAAGAGAAAAAAAAUUGAGCACAAAAAUAUAACGAAAUGUAUUUUUAUGGCAUAUUCACGAUUGAAUUUCUGUAAAACCAAGUCAUCAGUUUAUAUUAAUUAAAAAAAUGUAUUACCAUGAAAAAUGU